AGAGGGAUGUGACACCUACUCGUACUCAUCGUUCGUCGCUAGCAAAUAAAUAAUUCAGAUUAACCGUUUAUUAACUAAAUUGAACCAUAUCAGAACUCGACUCAGAUCUUCCACUUUUUUUUUCCUUUCCCAAUUCCAAGGAAAAUGCAAAUGUCUCCGUUCCCAUCAGAAAGCGGAGUCGAAGGAGACGACGAGAGAGAAGAAGAAGAAGAUGAAGAAGACAGAGACGUAGACGUAGACGACGAUGAAGAAGAAGAGGACGAUGAAGAAGAGCCGAGGCUUAAGUACCAAAGAAUGGGAGGUAGUAUCCCUUCCUUGCUUUCCGGCGAUUCCGCUUCGUGUAUCGCCGUCGCCGAACGCAUGAUCGCGCUUGGAACGCACGGGGGAACGGUUCAUAUCCUCGACUUUUUGGGAAAUCAGGUUAAGGAAUUUGCUGCUCAUUCAGCUGCAGUGAAUGACCUUAGUUUUGAUAUAGAAGGUGAAUAUAUUGGAAGCUGUUCUGAUGAUGGCUCUGUUGUACUAAAUAGCCUUUUCACUGACCAGAAAUUGAAAUUUGAGUAUCAUCGUCCUAUGAAGGCCAUUGCACUUGAUCCUGAUUAUGCAAGGAAAUCAUCUAGGAGAUUUGUAACUGGUGGCUUAGCUGGUCACUUAUAUUUUAAUACCAAAAAGUGGCUUGGCUAUAAGGAUCAGGUUUUGCACUCAGGUGAAGGUCCAAUCCAUGCAGUAAAAUGGAAAACGAGUCUCAUUGCUUGGGCUAAUGACAUGGGAGUAAAAAUUUAUGAUUCUGCAAAUGAUCAGCAAAUUACAUUUAUAGAAAGACCAAGAGGGAGUCCUCAUCCUGAAAUCCUGCUUCCACAUUUAGUUUGGCAGGAUGAUACCUUAUUAGUGAUUGGAUGGGGAACUUUCGUGAAGAUUGCAGUAAUAAGAAGAAAUAUGAACAAGGGAGCCAAUGGAACUUAUGAGCGUGUUUUAAGUUCUAACAUGAACCAAGUAGAUAUUGUGGCAUCAUUUCAGACUAGCUAUUACAUAUCAGGAAUUGCUCCUUUUGGUGAUGUUUUGGUUGUUCUCGCCUAUAUUUCUGGUGAAGAAGUUGGAGAGAAGGAAUUUAGGAGCACGCUACCAUCAAGACAGCAGGGAAAUGCACAGAGACCAGAGGUUCGCAUAGUGUCUUGGAACAAUGAUGAAUUGGCAACUGAUGCCCUACCUGUUCAUGGCUUUGAGCACUACAAAGCAAAGGACUAUUCGUUGGCUCAUGCUCCCUUCUCAGGCAGCAGUUAUGCCGGUGGACAGUGGGCUGCUGGUGAUGAACCAGUAUACUAUAUUGUAUCGCCAAAGGAUGUCGUCAUAGCAAAACCUAGGGAUGCUGAGGAUCACAUUGCAUGGCUUCUUCAACACGGAUAUCAUGAAAAAGCUUUAGCAGCAGUUGAGGCUGGGCAGGGACGGACUGAACUCCUUGAUGAAGUGGGAUCUAGAUACCUUGAUCAUUUGAUAGUCGAAAGGAAAUAUGCUGAGGCUGCAUCCUUGUGUCCCAAAUUGUUGCGGGGAUCUGCUACAAUUUGGGAGAGAUGGGUAUUCCAUUUUGCUCAUCUCCGUCAACUUCCUGUAUUGGUUCCGUAUAUGCCAACAGAACACCCAAGGCUGCGUGAUACUGCUUAUGAGGUUGCUCUUGUGGCUCUGGCAACAAAUGCAUCAUUUCAUAAGGAUCUUGUGUCAACUGUUAAAUCUUGGCCACGUGCCAUUUAUUCUGUGUUGCCUGUUAUUUCUGCAAUUGAGCCCCAGUUAAACACUUCAUCAAUGACUGAUGCCCUUAAAGAGGCACUUGCAGAGUUGUAUGUUACCAAUGGGCAGUACGAGAAAGCUUUUUCACUGUAUGCUGAUCUCAUGAAGCCAGAUAUAUUUGACUUCAUUGAAAGGCACAACUUACAAGAUUCUAUUCGGGAAAAGGUUGUCCAGUUGAUGACUGUAGAUUUUAGGCAAUCUGUCAAUUUGUUGAUCCAAAAUAGGAACUUAAUUACACCAUCCGAAGUUGUUUCACAGCUUCUGAAUACUGGAAAUAAGUGUGAUUCAAGAUAUUCCUUGCAUUUAUAUCUGCAUUCUUUGUUUGAAGUAAACCCACAUGCUGGCAGGGAUUUUCAUGAUAUGCAGGUAGAACUUUAUGUUGAGUAUGAUCCAAAGAUGCUACUUCCUUUUCUUCGCAGUAGUCAACAUUACACGUUGGAAAAGGCGUACGAAGUCUGUGCCACAAAAGACCUUUUAAGGGAGCAAGUAUUCAUUCUUGGAAGAAUGGGAAACUCAAAACAGGCUCUGGCAGUCAUCAUAAAUGAAUUAGGAGAUAUCAAAGAGGCUGUAGAAUUUGUGACCAUGCAGCAUGAUGAUGAUCUUUGGGAAGAACUAAUUCACCAAUGCCUCAACAAACCUGAAAUGGUGGGCAUCUUAUUGGAACACACUGUUGGCAAUCUGGAUCCUCUCUAUAUUGUAAAUAUGGUGCCCAAUGGCCUAGAGAUACCUCGGCUCAGGGAUCGUCUAGUCAAAAUUAUUACUGAUUACAGAACUGAAACUUCCCUUAGACAUGGGUGCAAUGAUAUACUCAAGGCUGAUUGUGUUAAUCUGUUGGUUAAAUACUACAAUGAAGCGAAACGAGCAGUUUGCUUGAGUAACGAAGAUGAUGCUCGACUCAAGAUGGAUGCAAGUGGAGCUUCUCAAACUAUAACACCUAGCGUGCGAUACAUGGAUGUCAAGUCUAAAACUAGGGGAGGUGGAAGAUGUUGCAUGUGUUUUGAUCCUUUCUCUAUACAAAAUGUAUCAGUGGUCGUGUUCUUUUGCUGUCAUGCUUAUCACACAACUUGCUUGAUGGACUCCACCGAAACAAAUACCAGCAGCAAAAAGGAGACUGGAGCCGCCUCUGAAGGGCUAUACGAGUACGAGGAAGAUGAUGCUGAUGACAACAGCAGUCAUACUGCUGAUCCUCAGAUGCGAUGUAUUCUAUGUACUACAGCUGCGAAUUAAGUUUGCUUUGCAUGCCUUUAUGUGCAUGUGUGGUGUUAAAAAAAUUUCAGGUGGUCGUUUAAGUUUUCCGCAUCUUGUGCUCGUUCCUGUUGACAGUCACGUUUCUUUCUUUCUCGUCUCAUUAUUCGUUUGAAUGUUGUUGUGCCUCAAUUAAUGGCAACUUAUGUAUUAUACAUCCCCAUGUAAUUAUUGGAAAGUGUAAUUAAUCCUUUUUGGCGGUUGAUUUAUGUAGU